UCCCAGCUCAGGUCUCCAUCCCCACCCGCACCACCCCUACCACCACUGCCUUGAUUGAUCUCUCUCUCUCUCUCUCUCUCUAUAUAUAUAUAAAUAUAUAAAUAUAUAUAUACAGAUAUAUAUUGUGGUCGUGGCCACUCGAUACCUUGUGGCUUUUCUGGUCGUGGGUCCUGGUUUCCCAUGACAGAUCUCAUAUGAUAUAUAAAUUUCUAUCAGCUCCAACCCUUGGUUCAUUUUCUCGCAUAACCUAUAGCCUCUCUUUUCUUACCCUUUUUGCUGACCAUUCAAAUUAUUAUUUUUAGUAUCAUUUUCGUAAUUAUUUUGGCUCGAUUUCAAUUUGGUCAAUCUUUGAUACUUCCGGUUCUUACUUCUCUUCCCGCUAAAUUUGUCUUUUUUUUUUUUUGUUCUCAUUUUGAUAUUGGAUCUGCUAUUGUUUAACUCGUUUCGUGUUGAGUAUUCGAAUCGAAUCUCUUCUGGGUUAUGACCAUUGUCUUUUGCCCUUGCCCUUCGAGUGGGAAUCUUGAGAUUCGCUUGAUCCAUUUCUGGGUUUGGUUCGUCGUUCUUUGUUGUUUUUGGUAUUCUUUCAAUGGGUGCUUUGGAUGAGGGACAUUUCCAUGAGGAGCUUGAAAAAGGAGUUCCAUUGAGUUGCUGCGAGAUGGGUUUUGAGGGAGAGCCGGAGGCGAUGGCUAUUGAAGAUGCCGUGAAAGUUCUGCUGCAGGGUCUUGGGGAAGAUGUUAACAGAGAAGGUCUCCGAAAGACCCCGCUUCGGGUCGCCAAGGCUCUUCGGGAGGGAACCAAAGGUUACAGACUUAAGACUAAAGAUAUCGUGCAAGGUGCUUUAUUUCCUGAAGUUGGUGUGGACAAUGCAGUUGGUCAAGCAGGAGGUGUUGGUGGGCUUGUGGUUGUUCGAGAUCUUGAUCUCUUUUCAUAUUGUGAGUCAUGCUUGCUUCCAUUCCAGGUCAAGUGUCAUGUGGGCUAUGUCCCAUCUGGUAGACGGGUUGUUGGGCUAAGCAAGCUUUCUAGAGUUGCUGAUGUUUUUGCAAAACGUCUUCAAGACCCGAAGCGUCUGGCAGAUGAAGUCUGUUUGGCUCUGCAUCGUAGCAUCAAGCCAGCAGGUGUGGCUGUUAUGCUCCAGUGUUUACACAUUCAUUUCCCAAAUCUAGAAUCGGUCUUUCUUGACUCAAACCACAAAGGGUGGGUGGAGUUACCGGUUUGCUCAGGGUCAGGAGAUUUUGAAGACGAAAAUGCAAAUGCUUGGGGUGAUUUUUUCAGUCUUCUCAAAUUCAGAGGAAUAAGUGUUGAUGAAUCUUCCAUUAGGCGCUCAAGUGUUGAAUCUUGGUGCCCAUCCCAUUCUGCUACCUCCAAGUUAGAACCAGACAGUCAACCAAUGGUCACCGCUGUAGCUUCAAUUCUUAGGUCGCUAGGUGAAGAUCCUUCAAGGAAGGAACUUAUAGGAACUCCUGCCCGUUUUGUGAAAUGGUUAAUGAACUUUCAGAACACUAACUUGGACAUGGAGCUGAAUAGCUUGGUUUUCGGGAAGACAGAUAGCCCAAAUCCUAAUGGAGAAGUCAGCUGUGAGGAGGAAAGACAAAUGCAGUCCGAACUGAACUUGCCAUUCUGGUCUCAGUGUGAGCAUCACUUGCUUCCCUUUCACGGUGUUGUGCAUGUCGGAUACAUGUGCUCCGAAGGUCUCAAUCCCGUUGGGAAAUCCCUUAUACAGUCAGUAGUUCAUUUUUAUGGCUUCAAGCUGCAAGUACAAGAAAGACUCACUCGACAGAUAGCGGAGACAGUAUCGUCGUUUUUAGGAGGCGAUGUGAUUGUGGUUGUGGAGGCUAACCACACUUGUAUGAUAUCUAGAGGGAUAGAGAAGUUUGGAAGUAGUACAGCUACAAUUGCUGUGCUGGGUCGAUACUCCACCGACUCUGCUGCAAGGGCUCUGUUUUUGCAGGGCAUACCUAAUGCUACCGUUGAUGAAGGACGAUGAUUGUCUUGACAGUCUACUUUUUCAUAUAAUUCUUGGUCUUGUGCAGAACUUUCUGAAGAAAAGAUGGAGACCAUUCGGUGCUCCAUUUGGAACGAUGAGGAUCUGAAAUUUUGGUUCAUCUUCAUUCCUGAAAUCUAAUUUUUUGUUGUUAUUGAUAAGUUUUUGCCUUGCAGCAUAAAUAUCCGGAGGAAAAUGUAUUUGCUUCGGAGACUACUACCAAAGUUUCUUUGUCGAACAUAUAUUAUUUCACACCAAUUUACAGUGUAAUAAUAUAAAAAGAAAAUUCCCUGAUGGAUCAAUGUAUUAGACGUGUUACAUUUUUUUAUUCACUUUUCGUGGUUUUGUGUU